GCAUGGAUAACUUCGAGUACAGCAUCCAGCUGAAUGACAGGGACUGGGCUGAGUUCUUCUUGGCGUCAGAGGAAUGCAACCUAGUGCCGGCCGCCCUGGCCACGGCUGAGGAGCAGUGUCUCAGUGACAUUGAACAAGGGGACGGCGCGCCGGGGAGGGACUGCCGUGCCAGCGCAAACGGGCAGAUCGCAGCCAGGAGACCGGGCCGCGAGCCGAGCCCCCCGGCUGCCUCGCCGGACGUCGUGAGGCCCAAGGUGCCAGGACAGCUGAGGAAGAGCCGCAAGCAACGUGGAGCCAGCGUGGCCGAGGCAGCCCAGGGGGACAGGGAGCCUGCGGGGGCUGUGGCACAGGGGACCGCGGUACCCACAAAGGUGCCUUUGGGCUCACCGCUGUCCUCACGGAAAAGCAAAGGGAAGGAGAAGGCAGCCAAGGCAGUUCCUGUGAAACUGGGGAGCGAGGAGGCAGGGGGGAGCAAACGGCCGGUGCCUGGCCUGGGCACGGAUGAGGGCGAUCCAUCCAUGAGCGCUCCCCCGAAGCAGAAGGCGAAGGAGCUGGGGGCUCAGCCCCUGGGAAAGGCGAAGGCCACCAAGCAUUCCAAGCCAGGGCAGGCUGGUGGCUUGGGCGAGGUGCCAGAGAAGCCUCUCCAUCCCAAAGGCAUGGUACCUUUUGGAGGGGAUGCUGCUGGGGGGGCUCAUGGGGAGCCUGCAGCUAAGACCCCCGGGGAGCUGGGCCCCCCUUGCUUUGCAGCUGAGGCUUCUGCAGGAGCAGAUACCCUGGACGUGACUUGGCCUGAGAUGUAUGACUAUUUGUUCUGUGACUCCCAAGGGGAAGAAGAAGAGAUGGGCAACUCUGUGGAGGGGAAUAAAACACCCUUGGAAAGGGAAAUAUCCUUGCCUGAACUGUAUGAGUACUUUUUCAAUGAACCAGAAGGAAACAGGAAAAAAGUCAAGGGUAAAGACAGGAAGCGAAAGAAGUUCAGCAGCUCGCACCACACUCAGCUGGAAAAUGAGGAUCCCAACUCGGCUCCAGUCAAAGACUGCCUGGUUAUCUCAGUCCCUGAGGUGUAUGAACACUUCUUUCCGGAUGGGCCUGUGAACAGGGCUGGCUGGAGAGGGAUUUUCUCAUCCGCUCCAGCCUCCGAGGUGAAGAAAGCUGUGGGGGCUUUGAAGUCCCUCCUGCAAAGGCCGAUGCGUCUUGUCAGAGGCCAAGCCCCAGCCCCCCAGGCUCUCGUGCGGAGACAAUCUGGAGAGAAGCUCCCCCUCAUCCCGCUGGCUCCGCUGGGAAUUCGCCAGGCACAGCCAGAAGGUCCGGACAUGGCCCUUGCCUUGACAGGGAGGCCCCAGGCUCCACUGGCACUGACCCACAAAGACAUGUGCCUCGUCUUCUGUGCCUUUGCAUCCUGGGCAGUGAAGACCUCCGACCUGCAGGCUCCAGAUGCCUGGAAGACCAUGUUCUUGGCAAGUUUUGGCACACUUUCUGCCAUCCGCUACUUCCGAAAGCAGGUCAGAGAAGGACACCCCCGGACCUAG